GUAAAGAGAGCCGCGUUGAGGAACAGUGGUGGGGAUACGAAGUAUCUGUCAUGGCCGACGUCCGCUGGCAGCGUAGUUUUGGUCAGGCCGUGUCGGCGAACGGUUCGCGGUGCGUCCAGUGGUGAAAAGAAACAUGGGGCACGAUAAUGGGCAGACGGUUAAACGAAAGAGGCGUUAGCAAACUCUCGGUCCUUAUACAGGACGAUUUAUGCGAGAGGACUGCGACGAUGGAGUCACGAGCACGGAGGACUCGGUUGCGUAGCGUUGUAGGGAUAUGCUUGUUCCUUGCGCUGACGAGCAUCAUAUAUCUCGGAUAUUUUUGCCCGGAUCAUGUGUGCGCCCUGACAAAUCGCGAGAUCAAAGAGUCCGUAAGACUAUCCGAGAGUCUGUCCGCUGGUCCCGGCUCCGAUUUGUCUUCUGUCUCCAUCGAAUUCGACAAAAAUGGCCUGCUCUCGGUGCAUCCUGCUUUUAGAUUGCAAAGCAUCCAAGGGAGCCUUGGUUACGACGAUGUGUUUACUAAUGAAACCUUCCAGUUUGAUAUUAAUGCGCACGAUGUCAUCGUUUUCCUACAUAUUCAGAAGACUGGGGGAACUUUAUUUGGAAAACAUUUAGUCAGGGAUCUGGAUUUACAGAGACCAUGUUCUUGUCAAAGAAGACGCAAGCGUUGUUUUUGUUUCCGUCCAAAUCGUAACGAAAACUGGCUCUUUUCACGGUAUUCCACUGGUUGGAAGUGUGGUUUACACGCAGACUGGACAGAAUUGACCAGCUGUGUUGAUACGGAAUUAAAUAAAAUUGAAGGGGAGGGGAUAAAGCGUAGAUACUUUUAUAUAACUAUUAUAAGAGACCCUGUUGCCCGAUAUCUGUCUGAAUUCAGACAUGUGCAAAGGGGCGCAACAUGGAGAGGUGCACGUCACUGGUGUGGAGGAAGCCAGGCAAAUAUACCGCAGUGUUACCCUGGAUCUAGUUGGCAAGGUGUCUCUCUGGAACAGUUUAUGGCGUGCCCAUAUAAUUUGGCAAGCAACCGCCAGACCAGAAUGUUGGCUGAUCUAUCAAUUGUUGGUUGUUACAAUUCUACACUCAGCAGCUUGGAGAGAGAUCGGCUCAUGUUGGCUAGUGCUAAACACAAUUUGCAAUUCAUGCCUUUCUUCAUGUUGACUGAAUACCAAAAAGUGGGGCAAUAUUCUUUUGAAGAAACGUUCGGAAUGAGAUUCGCUGUUGCAUUCGAACAACAUAAUGCAACACUGAGCGCUGCUACUAUGGCUACCCUUACCGCAGAACAAUUAGACGCUGUGCGUAGGCUUAACAGACUGGAUCUAGAACUCUAUGAUUUUGCAAGGAAUCUUGCGUUUCAAAGGUUCAAACGGCUUAGAGAUCGCGAUCCAUAUUUUGUGCAACGAUUUCAACACCUCGGUGAACUACCGUCUAGACAAAGUGCAACAGAAUUUAAUUGGGAUUCUGUUAUUGAAGAUACUACAGACAUUGAAUAAUAUGUGAGUACGUUAUAAAUAGAUAUUAUUGAUGCUUUGCAUUCAUAGCUAAGCAAAUAAGGUUGCUCUGAAUCUGAGCAUCUCAGGGAAUCAUCCUUGAAAGAAAUGUUUUACAUAGAAUUACUGUAUGCAGAUGUCUGCAUGUAACUUACCAAAAGUGUUAUAGAAAUUAACUUGGAUAAGACCAAAGAGAACUCAGAGGAUCUUGGUAUAAUCCUCUUUGAAAAAAAGCUACAAAUGAAAAGUAUAUGUGAAAAAAUGACACAAAUUUUUUUAUGAUUUUUAUAAUGUUCGUAAUUUUCUAUAUGAAGUUCUUCCAUUUGAUGCAUCUUUGCUUAUAAUACUACAUUUAAGCUUCAGAUCUGUUAAUAUUUCCGCUUAGUUACACAAUAUUUUUCAGUCAGAUUUUGUUAUACACAUUUCAAAAAGUUAAUACAGGGAAUCAUAGCUAUGAUUCAAGUACUUAUUUUAUUAUUGGGGAAAUAAUAAAUCAUAAAUUUAAGAAGCUGUUAAUAAAUUAUCAAAAAGAUCGAAAUUUUUUUAGUAUAUUCGGUGAUACUCAUUGUUUUAAUUGUAUUCGCUGUGGUAUUAUUUCAAACGUGAUAUAUUUCUGUACUGUUGAAUUUACUAAUGUGCAUUAAAAAGAGAAAGUUGUAUUAAACAUAGAUAAAUUUAUCUUUUUUUUAUGAUUGAAACAAAUUGAAUUAUUUUUUUUCGUAUUUUUAUUGUAUCAUACUUUCUAGUAAUUUCGUUACAAAAUUAAGAAAAAAUCUUAUUUUGAGGUAAAAAAAUUUGACUUGAAUAAUAUAUAUCAAAAAAUGUAAGUUAGGUAAGGAAUUCGCAAUCAGUUGUGCAUAUCAGUUGAUUUUAAUAAUUGUCUCCACCUUGUGAAUUUAUUUUUAAACUGUCAAAAAAUUAAUAAUGAGUAACAGAUUAUUCUUUCGUUGACCUUUAAUUGACCUUUAACAACUUGUCGAUUAUACGGAUGUCUGCGAAGUUGAGAACCCCUGAACGAUCACAGUUCUAUAUUCCUAACUGCCACAUUACGGAGAUAAUAAAAUUAACACAAUAUGCAGCAUGUAUACAAAUCUCUAUUUAUAGCAAUUUUCAAUGGAAGGAAAAAUAUUACAAAUUAAUUUUGUAAAUAUAUCUAAAAGUAUAUAUUUUUUAAUAGAAUUAUUUGCAGUGUUAUUUAAAUAAAGUGGUAUUAGGUUUAAUAUAAGCGAUCUGUACAGUUUAAGUGAUAAAACGUUCAUGUGAAUGUUUGGAUGAAUGAUCAUACCUUGAAUAAACGUGUCUAAGAUUAGAUAUAAAUUAUUUAACAAUGUAACUGCUCGCAAAGGUCAUCUUACUUAAGUACGUGUUCAUAUUUUAUUAGAAUUACCAAACAAUUUAACAAUUCUUUUACAUAAUGGUUGGGGUAUCAAAUCUACAGUACUUAUAAUUUUCUUUUCUGAAUGAAUAAAUCAGUGACAGUUAUUUUAUAUUGGGGGAGAGUUACAUUAAGUUAAAAAGAUCAUAUAGUUAGUUAAUAUAUUAGAAUUGCAUGUGCAAUAAGACUUUAUGGGUUACCAUUAUAAAUAUUUCAUAUCAUCGAGUCAUGAGGUAAAUGUAAUAUAUCCUAUAUAUACUAUAUAACUAGAUAGUUGGCAUUAAAUUCUUGUAAAACAGAAUUGUAAAUGCUCUCUUUAAUAUGCUAUUUGUCUUUUAUAUAAUUAUCAUGUUUAUGUCAUAAUUUGUAUAACGAGUAAGUGCCAUGAAUUACAUAGAACAAAUUGAUCUGUCUUUACAAUUGCCAUAAAUAAUUUGUGUGUUAGUAUAAAAAUAUAUAUAAUGUUUCUAGCUGAAGGUUCAUAAACUGCAGCUUUUCAUGGCCUAUGUUAAAUAUUUUGUUGUUGGUUUCUAGAUAGUAACUGUGACCUGUUAAUAUUUGCUAACAUUUCACAAAGUCAGUGAAAAUUGUGUAAGUCUAUACUUGCUUUUGAUGAAUAAUAUGUUUUUAGAGAUGCAUAGAGGUGUAAGCAAAAAUUAACUUGGAACUGCUAUCAUGUACAAAUCAACAAUGUGUGAACAAUCUAUUUGUUAGUGUACGCAUAAUAUUAAACAUGUAAAAUUAUUAGUGAUAAUGAUCAUUUAAAAAUAAUGUUAAGGACCAAAGAUUUAAUAAGUGUUAACAAGGGUGCAGAGAGCUUGUCACAAGCAAUUGUAAAAAAAACUUUUUAUAUGUUCUUAAAUAAAGCGAUUGUUACAAUUGCGAUUUGAAUGGAAAAGUGUAUUGUACAUUUUUUCCAUUGAAUGUAUAGGUACAAUAAUUACAAUAAUUAGGAGUAUCUACUUGGACCGAACGCGAAUGAUUUUCGGAGAAAUUAAUGCACUGAUGCAAACUUCAAAUAACAUAAUGCUAUUUUCGCAUAUUUAUCUCUAUGAUGCAUCAACAUUCUAACAAUUAUUCAGACACAAAACUAAAUCACACAGGGUGUGUAGUAUUUUGAAAUACAUAAAUGCAACAGAAUUAGAGAUAUCGUCUACUAUUUUAUCAUCUUAGGUUUUAAUAACUGCUAUGAUUUUCUGCCAUUCUUUUAUUUCACGUGUUAGUGUGUAUAGUGUGCUAUGUGUGUCAAAGAAUGUUUGUGACCAUUAUAAACAACUGUAUGUCAUUGUUUAUGGGAAUAUUUGCGUUAUCCAACAUUGUAAAAAUAUGCACAUACUCACUGAAUUAGUGUGAAAGAGUAAUUAGCUUUAAUGUGUACAAUAUAAAGCUAUUAGCACAGAAUUCAGUUAUAUAAGAAAGAAUAAAAAGAGAAAGCCAUGACAGUAGCCUAAUAAAGCAAUAUAUAGGCCUAAGCCAUUGGUACCUUAUGUAAACCAGUGUACAUACCAUACCAUUAAUUCUUUAAGGAGCAAUAAAUUGUUGUGUAUACAUUAUUAUAUACAAUCCUAUACAGACAUAUAUAAAUGCAUUAAAAAAUAUA